AUGCAGGCCAAAAAACGCUACCUGACGCUGCUCUCUGCCGGCACCUGUCUUGCCCUGCUGCUGUACCUGGGAGGCGUGCGGCUGCGGGCGGCACGGCACCCGCCGCCCGGUAGCCGGCAUGGCCCGCGCCCCGGCGGCGCCGAGCGGCCCUGGCCCCGCUUCCCCGACGCCCUGCGGCCCUUCGCGCCCGCCGAGCGCCCGGGCCCCGAGGGCGGCGGGCGCGUCUCCCCCCGUCAGCGGCGGGACGCCAGCGCCGGCCUCUACCGCGGGCGCCGCUGCCGCAUGGAGUCCUGCUUCGACUUCGCCCAGUGCCGGAAAAACGGCUUCAAGGUCUACGUGUACCCGCAGCAGAAGGGGGAGAAGAUCGCUGAGAGCUACCAAAACGUCCUGGCCGCUAUCGAGGGCUCCCGGUUCUAUACCUCGGACCCCGGGCAGGCCUGCCUCUUCGUCCUCAGCCUGGACACGCUGGACCGAGACCAGCUCUCGCCCCAGUAUGUGCACAACCUCCGCUCCAAGGUGCAGAGCCUCCACCUGUGGAACAACGGCAGAAACCACCUAAUUUUUAAUUUAUACUCGGGCACCUGGCCCGACUACACUGAGGAUGUGGGGUUCGACAUUGGCCAGGCUAUGCUGGCCAAAGCCAGCAUCAGUACUGAAAACUUCAGACCCAACUUUGACGUUUCUAUCCCGCUCUUUUCUAAGGAUCAUCCUAGGACAGGAGGGGAGAAGGGAUUUUUGAGGUUUAACACCAUCCCUCCUCUCAGGAAGUACAUGUUGGUAUUCAAGGGGAAAAGGUACCUGACGGGGAUAGGGUCAGACACCAGGAAUGCCUUAUAUCACGUCCAUAACGGAGAGGAUGUUGUCCUCCUGACCACCUGCAAGCAUGGCAAAGACUGGCAAAAGCACAAGGAUUCGCGCUGCGAUCGAGACAACACCGAAUACGAAAAGUAUGAUUACCGUGAAAUGCUGCACAAUGCCACUUUCUGUCUGGUUCCCCGUGGCCGCAGGCUGGGCUCUUUCAGGUUUUUGGAAGCCUUGCAGGCUGCCUGUGUCCCGGUCAUGCUCAGCAACGGAUGGGAGCUGCCCUUCUCGGAGGUGAUUGAUUGGAACCAAGCUGCCAUCAUCGGCGAUGAGAGAUUGUUAUUACAGAUUCCUUCUACAAUCAGGUCUAUCCAUCAGGAUAAAAUCCUAGCACUUAGACAGCAGACACAGUUCUUGUGGGAGGCUUAUUUUUCUUCAGUUGAGAAGAUUGUAUUGACUACACUAGAGAUUAUUCAGGACAGAAUAUUUAAGCACAUAUCACGUAACAGCUUAAUAUGGAACAAACAUCCUGGAGGGUUAUUUGUACUGCCACAGUAUUCCUCGUAUCUGGGAGAUUUUCCUUACUACUAUGCUAAUCUUGGUCUGAAGCCUCUUUCCACAUUCACUGCCGUUAUCCAUGCAGUAACUCCCCUGGUUUCCCAAUCUCAGCCUGUACUGAAACUCCUGGUUGCUGUAGCCAAGUCCCAGUACUGUGCACAGAUUAUUGUUUUAUGGAAUUGUGAUAAACCCCUCCCAGCCAAACACCGCUGGCCUGCCACUUCUGUGCCUGUCAUAGUCAUUGAAGGAGAAAGCAAGGUUAUGAGCAGUCGCUUCCUACCCUAUGACAACAUAGUGACAGAUGCAGUGCUAAGCCUGGAUGAGGACACCGUGCUUUCAACCACUGAGGUGGAUUUUGCCUUUACAGUUUGGCAGAGCUUUCCAGAGAGGAUUGUAGGGUAUCCUGCACGCAGUCACUUCUGGGACAACACUAAGGAAAGGUGGGGGUAUACCUCCAAAUGGACUAAUGACUAUUCCAUGGUAUUGACAGGAGCUGCUAUUUACCACAAAUAUUAUCACUACCUGUACACUCAUUACCUGCCUGCCAGCCUAAAGAAUAUGGUGGACCAACUGGCCAAUUGUGAGGACAUUCUAAUGAAUUUUUUGGUGUCAGCUGUGACAAAAUUGCCUCCAAUCAAAGUAACACAGAAAAAACAGUACAAGGAGACCAUGAUGGGACAGACGUCCCGGGCCUCGCGCUGGGCCGACCCCGACCACUUUGCCCAGCGGCAGAGCUGCAUGAACACUUUUGCCAGCUGGUUUGGCUAUAUGCCGCUGAUCCACUCGCAGAUGAGGCUCGACCCUGUCCUCUUUAAAGACCAGGUCUCCAUCCUGAGGAAGAAGUACCGAGACAUUGAACGACUCUGA